UUUGGAAACUGGACAUUUGGCACUUUGGUCUUCACCGUCAUGGUUAUAACUGUUACGAUGAAGAUGGCACUAGAAACUCAUUUCUGGACAUGGAUAAACCAUUUUGUUACUUGGGGAUCCAUUGUGUUUUAUUUCAUAUUCUCCUUGUUUUAUGGGGGGAUUAUCUGGCCAUUUUUACAUACCCAGGACAUGUACUUUGUGUUUGUUCAACUGUUGUCAAGUGGUUCUGCUUGGUUUGCCAUAGUCAUCAUAGUAGUUGCUUGUUUGUUUCUUGAUGUCGUGAAGAAAGUUCUGUACAGACAUCUACAACCAACAAGUACUGAAAAAGCUCAGCUUACUGAGACAGGUUCAGGUAUCAACUGCUUGGACUCCAUGUGCUGCUUCUCAGAUGGGGAAACAGCAUGCACACCUCUUAGAAGAAUGCUGGAACGACUAAUGGGAAGAUGUAGUCCUACCCGGGUCAACAGAUCAUGGAGUUCAUCGGAUCCCUUCUAUGCCAACGACAGAAGCUUCUUGACUCUCUCCACAAUGGACUCACCCACUUGUUAGCAGGGACAUUGCUAGAUGCCUUGU